CAUAAUUGCGUGUUGCUUUUCCCCAACACAGCUCAUAAAAAAUUAACCUGUACUUCAUAACAGCGCACCGAGCGUUGACCAUAACAAGUGUUUCAUGAACUUCGUUUCCCAAAAAUAGCUCAUGAUGUUGUAUUGCUGCACCAUUACUUGCCGAUGCGCGAGUAGCCUUCGACCGGCCAUCGCAUAAGUGGCGUUGUACAACUUGUACAUAUGAACAGAAUCUUUCGGGGAGCUACUGUCAGAUAUGACGUGUAUGCCACGUCUCUAGGCUGGAGCGUUGCACUUGGGAUCGAGACUCCAUGGUGCAGCACAGGCCAUGUACGUGUUUCUUUGUGGCGCGUUUUUUACACUGAUAUCAGUAUCGUUAUGGAGCUAUUAUAGUCUGAGAGUACAUGUUCGUUCAGCCCAAACACCAAAAGAGAUUACCAUGUCAUGCCCGAGGUAUCAACUUCGUACAACGUUACCACGAAUUUUUUGCAAACUCCAUCUCAUAUUGGGCGAAAUACAAUCUGAAGACCACCUGCAGUGGAUUUCGGAGGGGAAUUCAUUCUACAGGAAAUUUUCAUCGGUUGUUGGUGUCUUACGAACGCCUUUGGAUGGAACAUACAUGAAAUUUACGAGACUGCCGCAUAUCAUAUGGCUAAGUUGGAGGCCGACCCAUUGAUCUCAUUUAUUCCUCAGUGGCAUUUCAGUACCUCCGAUGUUCCAAAGGCUUUCCUCUCUAUGCUCCUCAUUACACCGCGCAAUGUAGAAACAUCCUCUGUGACACUGGCAUUGCAUUCCUCAACUUCGCCGUUAGAAAACGUCGGAGAUAUUCCAAGCAUUACUGUCGUCUACAGGAAGUCGCACCCAUGUUCUAGCAGCAGACCGUGACGGCUGG